AUGGAGGGCGUUUCCAAAUCGAAUAAUGUUUACGCUCUGGUAAAAAUAAUGAACAUGCUGGACAUCAAUGCAGUGAGUCAUGUGAAGACGGCAAUUAAACUAAUCAUAUUCGACCACUUUGGAUUGACAAUGCUACUGAGGGCAGAUUUUAAGAUAUUCAAGGUUAUGCAAAGUAGCACCUUUUUCAUUCUACGUACGGAUGUCAGACAUCUCAGUCUCUUCCUGUAUUGCAUGCAACCAAGUCAGACGAAUAAGCACGAAUUCUCCCUCAAGGUACUGAAGAUUUCAAAUUUUAUGCCAAACUUGGCAUGUCCCACCAGAGUUAUUGAAAAUUGUGUUAACGAAACUUAA